AUGAUUUCACUCGCAGAACCCGAGAAGCGCCGACAGUUGCAGGCGGAGGAGGUUGGCGGUCAAGUUCACGUUUUAGGCGUUGGUGCAGUGAAGAAGGUGUACAGGGGAUUUGAUCAAGAAGAAGGAAGGGAUGUGGCAUGGAACCAAGUAAAACUAAGAAGCUUCGGUGGAGAUCCAUCUGUUCUCGAGAGACUAUUUUCAGAAAUCAAACUGUUACAGACAUUAGAGAAUGAAAACAUCAUUGUUCUUUACAGUUUCUGGAGGGAUACUAAAAACAGCACCUUGAACUUCAUCACAGAGGCGUGUGCUUCAAGUAAUUUAAGGGAUUACAUGAAGAAACGCAGACGGGUUUCAUUGAAGGCAUUGAAGAAUUGGUCAAGACAGAUUUUGAGAGUGAAAUAUAAAAUGAGAACUUUAUCUCAGAAUACAACUGUUUCAAGGAACUCAAAACCUCAUCAAAAACAAAGAUCAAACACAUAUUGGUCAAUGGGUUCACUUUCAGAUAGAAGUAUGGCUGAUUUAAUAAAAAUCCCAGAACACAACAACAACAAUCAAAUUCAAAACAAUGAGGAUCAUAGACUUUGUGCUGAAGCAUCAAGAAAUGCAAUUGAAGUUUUGAAAAGUAAUGUUUCAAGGUUGGGAAGGCAAGUGGAAAUGUCAUAUUUGGAGUUGGAGUCUCUUCGUAAGCAAAUACUUAAAGAGAAUAAACGAGGACAAGAUAUGUUGAAGAAAGUAACUGAACUUCAGGAGAAGAAAGAAGCACUUGAAGAGGAAAGGAAAAAAGAUAUUGCUACAAUGAAGGAGUUUUAUGGUGAACUAGACAUAUGUAUGAGUAGAAAGAAACAGACAUCAGUUACUUCAUUGUUGUAUGUAAUGAAAAAGAAAACAAAGGGCAUAAAUAAAGUGAAAGACGGAAGAGUUUGGGAGGUUGAAAAGGGAUUAUUUGAUAAAGAUUCCCCUGAACAAAAUUCAUGGCAGGAAUUUCCUGAGGAGAAUCCCACAAAAAACUCCAAAUCUAUUAGAAUAAGAUUAUAA